AUGGAGAGUGCCCUCCACCCGGGGACCCGCCUGCUCCAUUCCCAAGCUCCGACGAUCCCCAUCAUCCCCUCUUCCUCCUCCCACUUUCUUCAGGUCUUCCCUAGGAAGCCCGGUAGGGCCUGGUGCGAGCUGAAAGCAAGGGGCGGCGGCAACGGCGCCCUCUCCGGCGACACUGAUCCCCGCGCUCUCGACAGGGUGAGUAAUCCGCGGCCCCCUCCAUCGUCGCUCCUCUCUCGUCACUGCUGGCUUCUGCAGACGUCCCACGGGGAGCUCGAAGCCCGCAAAAAUUGUGUAGUAGCUGCUGUCGGGGUAGAAGAGCUGCGGUAAACUUUGUAAAUUCUGCAAGUCUGAGGAAAGAACCGUUGGAUUGGCGGGCUUUGCUACUUUCAUUCUUUGAGUGAUUUAGGAUACGUCUGCAUGCUUCCGGCCUAAGGUCGUAAGAGAGCUAGUGUAGUGUUGUCUCUGAGGUUGGGGACGAUGCGUUUACGUGAAGUUAUUAAAUAUCGUAAUUUUGAGGAAAGAUGCCAACGCGGGGUUUAUGGGUUUUCUUUCUUUCCGAUCCUCGAUUGAUUUAGAGUACUUCUGUCGACCUUCCACGAAGAACUCUGAGAUAACCAGUGUAGUCGUCUUGUCUCUGCGGGUGGGGAAGAUAAAUUAACGGAAACUUAGUCAAUGCCUUCAGCUUGAGGCUAGAGCUCAAUUGAUUCGGUAGGUUGUGUCUUUUUCGUUUCUGGAAUGAUUUUGAGCACUUGAAUCAUGAAGUAGCGAUGGAGAUAGCGAUGGAGAUAGCGGUGGAGCUUCGUUGGAAUAAUAGUCCCAAUGCCUCCAACACGAUGGAUUACUUUUCUUGCGCUCUCUCGCGUCUUUUUUAACUAUUGUUUAUAUACGGUGUGGGAUAGUUGAGCUCCAGUGUUAAUGAAUGCUUUCUCUGGCCCCUGAAAGAUAUUAACUUGUGAUGCCCAUGCAGCAAAAAGCCUUGGAAGCAGCGAUGAAUGACAUCAACAACUCUUUCGGCAAGGGGAGUGUCACAAGAUUAGGCAGUGCUGGUGGAGCUUCCGUGUACGUCCUCUUCUUACUGUUCCCAUUCGUCCUUCUUUAGAAGAUUAAUGGUGUCCGUGCUCUCACGCCAUGUUUUGUUGCAGCGAGACAUUUCCCAGUGGCUGCUUUACGCUGGAUUUCGCCUUGGGAGGCGGCCUCCCCAAAGGAAGAAUCGUAGAGGUAGUGCACUCGUUAUUCUAUUCCUUCUCUACUUCCCUUAUUUUGCCAAAGGAGAUACGGUAAUAUUGCUUUCCAUUCUUUAGAGUGGUUGCCCCAACUUGAAAGAGUUAUCUCCAAUCGUAAAAGAGAAUUUGGAAUAGUCUGAGAAAUAUCCGUGUUCUUGUUUUUCUUCUUUUUUUCCCCAUUGGGAGUAUGUAGGAUAUGGUUUCCUCUGGUUUCCUUCUACAAAAAUACAGUGAAAUCCUGGCCGGCCUGUUUUGCACACGGUAUGCUAUAUCUGGUGAGCCCACUCGUUUCAACUAGUAGACUCCGUUCUCAGAGCUUUUGGCACUUGUUGCUAUAUCUCGUUUUGCUGAGCCAUUUAUCUAGGUCAUCUAAAGGUCCCUCCUCCCCUCCCCCCGGUACGGUUAUGAUUUUAAAUAUCAGCAUGAUUCAGCUUGGUUUUAUAUUUUUUCUGUUUUUUCCAGCAUAUUUUCUUCCCAUUAAUUGGUACUAUAUUUUAGACCUUAUUACUUGUAUGCUCAUUGAUGACCACCUUUUGGCACUUCACCACUGCUCUGAGAACUGCUACCCACCAUUGAGAUUCAAUUGAAAUGAACUAUUUUUCCUGUAGUUAGAGUAAGAUCUGUCCACAGCCCGAUUUGAGUCAAUGAUGGAAAUCCCUGAAAAGCUAUCUUCAUUUGAGUCAGAAAUGUCUCAACAUUAUACUCCAUACUAUUUUUUCUUUUGAUAGUUCUUUUAAGAGGAAUACCUUCAACUUUUAGGUAAAAUUAAUCUUUUUCUUUCAGAUAUUUGGUCCAGAGAGCAGUGGGAAAACUACACUGGCGCUCCAUGCAAUUGCAGAAGUACAGGUACCAUGCUUUUUUAGAUGUAAUUUGGCACAUUAUUCUCUUUUACGAAACAUUCAUUCACCAAAAUAUUUAGAAUUUAGAUGUACUCUCGUUAUGAAAUUGAGAAUUUUGAUGUUUUCUAUUUUCUGUGCAGAAACUUGGAGGCAAUGCAAUGCUUGUUGAUGCGGAGCACGCAUUUGAUCCAGCAUAUUCGAAGGCCUUGGGGGUGGACAUAGAGAAUCUAAUCGUUUGCCAACCAGAUAAUGGGGAGAUGGCCUUAGAGAGUAAAAUUCUCUUCUAAACUCGUUGGUGCUUAGGGUUGCAGCUUCCAAAUAAAGCCUGCAAAUGUUCAAGAUAACAUAAACACUGAUUAUUUUGCCAUUCUUCCAUAAAUUUUCAUCAGAAUUGUGCUCUUUAUGACAAACAUGAAUAUUGUUGAUUGGUAUGGAUGAUUGGACAACAGUAAAUUUUGUUCUCAUGUCUCUAUUUUUUGUUCCUAUUUGUACAAGUUUUAGUUCUCAAACAAUCAUUUUUGUCAUUUACCCAGUUCUUUGUCUUUUGUAAUUUAUGCAUGCCGAAUGUGCGGAAUCUAUGAGAUGUGAAUUAUUUUUUUCAAAUAAUCAUUUUUCAGAUUUUGAUUUCCUCAAUGGGCACUUUCAUCUAUGCAAAUCAGUGUUUUGAAGGGAAUGUGUUGUCCUUACGAUAUUAGAGAUGCCUUCACAAUAGUUUAUUGUAAUUUAUUUACAGGUUUGAAGUUUGGUGCGAGAUCUUUGACUAAUAUAUUAGAGGGUAGCACAAUUUAUUUAAUUAUCAGUCAUCUCGAAUGCACCAACGUUUACCUUCAGAACCAAAAAGUAUGCAUUUUUUCAAGCUUAUAUUAAUUUUUUCGCGCAAAAAUUUCGAAUUUUUCUGGCUGGUUCGCGGUUCAUGCUGAACAGAUGUAAAUAACAACUAGUACUGGCUGUCUCUGGACUGAAGAAUAACGAUUUUGUAGUUCAUAUGUUAUUGUUAUAUCGUCCCAUUAUUCGAUCUAUUUAUAUGCUUCUACUGAGCUUUAUAUUAUUAAUUUUCACCAUGCAACCUGCGAUCAGCACACAUUCAUCGAUAUAUGAUUCUUGUCAAAUUGUUUGAUAAAAUCGUCGACUGGUGUAUUUCUUGGUUAAUCAACCUCUGAAGAUCAGCUCCAUAUUCACAUCAAAAAAAAUUAUUUAUGCAAAAUAAAUAAAUUAAGACUGUAUUUGCAAUUUUCUGCUUUUUGAUGUCUCAGUUUAAUUAAUGGCCAGACCUGGCAUUGUAACUUUAAAUUUAUGGGAAUCAGGAAAAUAUUUUCUUUCGUGGAUCAACUGAAAUAAAUUAUUUAACCAGAAAAUUUUCUUCUCAGCGGCAGAUCGAAUGUGUAGAUCUGGAGCAGUGGAUCUUAUUUGCAUCGACUCUGUGUCAGCUCUAACUCCACGAGCUGAAAUUGAAGUAAGCUAAUUCGUUGACGUUCACUUCGAUUAACAUGCUCAGAUGGGCUUCUUCGUUAAUCUUGACAGUUCUUGUAGGGUGAGAUUGGAAUGCAGCAGAUGGGUCUACAGGCACGUCUUAUGAGCCAGGCACUACGAAAGAUGUCAGGCAAUGCUUCAAAAGCGGGUUGUACUCUCAUCUUCUUGAAUCAAAUCAGAUAUAAGGUACUUAGUCUUUUUGGUACCAUCGUUUCUUCGGGAUUUUAUUACAGCCCAAAUGAUUUAGGUAUUUAUUUAUUUAUUUAGGAAUUUAUGGUUGUUAUGAUCUAAUUUUCUUUCUGUUCCCAAGAUUGGUGUGUUUUAUGGGAAUCCCGAGGUCACCAGUGGAGGGAUUGCCUUGAAGUUCUUUGCAUCUCUUCGAUUGGAGAUACGUCCGGUGGGGAAGAUAAAGUCUGUAAGCCCGAAUCAGCUCUCACAAAUAGAAAGAAAAUAUACAUUUUUAUUUUCAUGGCCCAUAAGGUAUUUUGUUCACCAAUCCGAAUUUCUUGUUUUCUUUUGAAGGCGAAAGGAGAUGAAGACAUUGGAAUCAGAGCUCGGGUAAGAGUUCAGAAAAGCAAGGUAUGCUGGACUCUACCAUACCCAAAUAAGCUAUUGUAUUUCUUCAAUAUUUUUCAUAAUGAAGAUUUCGUGAUGGUGGAGCUGACCCAGCUAUGUGACCACAAGUUUUCGUUUGUUCUCUGAAUGUGGAGCGAUCUGAUUUGUAGUAUUUUUCUAAGCAUUUAAAACACAUUAGACUGUGAACAAGUGGGAGCAGGUUGAAAGGAUAUCAAUAAAUUCGCUUCAAAACAUUUUUUGCAUUGAACUUAUCGGAGAUUUUCUUAUAAGAAUCUGGUUUUUAGUAGUAUAAGUUUGCUUCUUUUUUUUUCUUUUUUAUUUUUUCAAAAAACAAGUGUGUCGGAUGAUUCUGACCGAGGCCUCUCCAGGUCUCGAGACCCUACAAACAAGCAGAGUUUGAGAUCAUAUUUGGGCAAGGAGUAAGCAAGCUGGUAAGUGAGAUAAUCCAUGGUUUGGUUGAAUCCCCUCCUCUUUAUCCGUUGACUCUCUUCCCUGACUGGAAUCGUUUCCAGGCCUGUGUCUUGGAUUGCGCUGAGUCAAUGGAGAUCGUGGCAAGGAAAGGCUCCUGGUACAGCUACGAAGAUCUAAGGUCGGUGGGAUGACCACAAUCCUAAUUUCUACGCCAUUUUAUUAUCAAAUCUAAACAGUUGGAAGAGCUCAGAUUAGCUUUUAUAAAUAAAAUACGAUUUUUAGGGUAUGUAACAUUAAAUUUAUUGGAUAAGGGUGUAAAUAUAAUAAUUUAAUUUAUUUAUUUCAUCUUUAUUUAUUCACGGUGGAGAUGGAGCUGCUGGAUUUGAUGUAAAUAAUAAACUCUUCCCACUUCUUCUUGAAUAGGCUGGGCCAAGGCAGAGACAAGGCAUUGCAGUAUCUCAGAGAAAACCCUAAUAUCUGCAGUGACAUAGAAAAGGUGUGGAAUUUAUUUUUCCUUCCCUUUUCUUAUGGAUUUCUCUAAUACCCAUUUAGUUCUCUCUCUCUCUCUCUCUCUCUCUCUCUCUCUCUCUCUCUCUUCUCUAGGCCAGCAAAAGCUGCCUCACAUAGCUCUGGGUGGGAAGAGCAGUGGUGGUGGGCUUCUAAUGCUGAACCUGAGUCUAACUUGUAUAUCUCUUUGGGGCUUCAACAGGCUGUAAGGUCUAUGAUGGCCGAGGGAGCUGAUGAUCGCGUCGGCACGGCGGCGAUCGGGCAGCUGCCAACGGUGGAGGACGAGGUGGCCUCAGAUUACACCUGA